ACAAUCCCAAUGUUUUCUGCAUUUUUCAUUCUACCCUUCUCCUUGCCUGGCACCCUCUUCGGUGUCGCAGUUGCAGUUUGCUCCUGCAGGAUGGGUCCCAUCGCGACAAACACUACGAGGUGUAAAAGCGCAGUUGCAAAGCUCUCAGCUGUUCCCAAAAAUGACCCAUUCGCGAGCGCGCCCGAGGAGCACCAUUGCAGAAAUACAGCGAAAUAACAGCGUCACAACUAAUAUAUUUCCAGUUUGCACGUAGUACUAAAACAUCGAGAAUGGAAGCAUUCGGAAAUUCUAAAUUUCAGUGUUAUGUAUGCUUCAGAAAAGACCGUAAACACGUUUGCAUCAUGGAUAUGAAAUCUUUGCGUAUCUUUGAUAGCGCUGUCACUGUGCAUCACAACAGCAGCUCGAUCAGUCUUGUUUACCUGCUGCUUUGUAUGUUCAAGUAUCGCUGUUGUCGUGACCCACCAUUUGGCAUGAUGGGAAAUGAAGUUUACAAUGAAACGAACGCAUUAAGCGAGCUUCUUUUGCCGGAGCCCAUGACGAUCGUUCUUAAAACAUGUCGAAAACCAAGAAAUGCGCAAGUGCAUGUAUAUAUGACUGCUGUUACGGUCACGCGACUGUUCCGCAAAAAACGCUGUUUGAUUCAAACGACAAAACAUCAUUUCCCGAGUACAGCGGAGACAGUGGCCACGCCCUCUGUGUUUGGAGUCACACUGCAAGUUUUUGCGCAGUUUGCAUGAAGUGCAUCGAAUGCCGAAAAUAUCACGUAGAAACUACUUCACCUUUGCACAGAUUUAUUGCCAUGCUUCACAUUAUAAAACGCUUGUUUUGUAGACAUAGCAUCGGAGGCUCUUACGCUGCAUUGUACUCUUAAACACGUCGGAUUGUACUGGUCUCUUUAAGGUGCAACGUUCACAGAAAGGUACUCUUGUAUGUAAACAUGGCAUGGUCAAUGGGAUUUGGCCAAAAAGACACACCCCCUGAAGAGAUGAAUGCUGACCUAUUUUUUGCCAGGGUAUCCGGUGGCUCAAAAGAAAUAUCCACAUUGAAUUUGCAGGACGUGCUAUGCUCUAAAAUGGACAGCGAGAGAAGGCCUGUCAAAAUUCGGCCACCAAGCCCAAAAGCUACUUCUCCAAGGCAACAUACAGGCCGCAGUCUGUCAUGUGAACCCCCAACCAAAUCCAUCAUCCAUAGGCGAACUCAGUCUCUCCCAUCUCCAUCAGAGAGAAGGAGGCUUGGCCGCAGAACAUGUGUCCGAUUUGUGGACUCCUUGGGAUUGGAUUUGGAAAAUGUCAAGGUUUUCAAAAGUGGGGAGGACCCCUUUGUCCCAGAGCACGUUCUCUUUCGACUCUUAAUGAAUGCAGAGCUAUCUUCAAGCAAGAGGAUGGAGAUAUCCUUGCCGUAUUUGAAACCGAUGUUCCCUGUGCAACCAGGGGACAGUUCGAAUUUUGUCGAACGUCUGUGUUGCCAACAAGUGUGUCUGGAGCAUGUUUUGUGCUAUGAGCCUGGCAUUAUAGGGAUCGUUCAAGUUGUAAACUUGGCCUUUGAGAAAGAAGUGAGUGUCCGCUACUCCUUUACAAACUGGAGGAGUUGCACAGAAACCAAGGCUUACUGGGUGGCCAGCAAAUCCAUUUCGAACGGGCCUUGCUGUGACACUUUUCGAUUUCAUCUCCCAGUCCCUCCAUUCAUCCUUCACCCUGGGGCGGUGCUGGAGUUUGCAAUCUGUUAUAAAGUCAUGGGCACUCAGUUUUGGGAUAACAAUUGUGGACAGAAUUACAAAUUUACCUGUCAGAGUUAUAAUCUGCCUGUGCCAAAGGAAUGCGAGGACAGCAUGAUACACUUUAUCUGAUGACAAGCUGUUAGCGGAAACUUUUGAGAGCACUUUUCAUAUUCUUUUACAUAUUAUGUGCCACUACCAGCAUUUUCACUUUUCAUGAUGUACAUUGCUAUGACCCCUUGAAAGUCUUGCCAUACCACAUUUCAUGCAAUUAAAGGAAUAGAUCAUUUGAAAAUGAAAAUUCUCUCAUCAUUUAAUGGUACUCACCCUCAUGUCAUCCCAGAUGUGUAUGACUUUUUUUCUUCUGCAGAACACAAUUACAGAUUUUUAGAAGAAUAUUCCAGCUUUGUUGGUCCUCACAAUGCAAGUGAAUGGGGGCCAGAAAUGUUAAGUUUAAAUAGCACAUAAUGUCUGCAUAAAAGUAAUCCAUACGACUCCAGUGGUUUAAUUGUAUUUUUUCGAAAGCAAAAUAAUAGGUGUGUGUGUGAGAAACAGAUCAAUAUUAGUCCUGAUAUUACUUUUUUACUAUAAAUCUCCACCUUUGACUAGCCCCGACCAGUAGAUGGCGAUAUGCACAAACAAUGUGAAUUGCCAAAAAAACAUAUCACUUCUGAAGACAUGGAUUGAACCACUGGAGUCAUAUGAGCUUCAAAGUUCUGGCCACUGUUCACUUGCAUUGACCUACAGAGCUAAGUGGGUGUGGAAUAUUUUUCUAAAAAUCUUUGUUUGUGUUUUGCAGAAGAAAGAAAGUCAUACACAUCUGGGAUGGCAUGAGGUUGAGUAAAUGAUGAGAGCAUUUUCAUUUUUGGGUGAAUUAUUCUAAAUAACUUGAAGCCAUGAAAAAAAAAAAAAAAAAAUAUAUAUAUAUAUAUAUAUAUAUAUAUAUAUAUAUAUAUAUAUAUAUAUAUAUAUAUUAAACACUUUGACUGUGACUACUUUUUAACUGGACUAGUUCAAAUAUGCAAAAAAAUAAAAUGUAGCAAUAACCGUAAUAUGUUCAUUUGAUAGUGUAUUAUAGAUGCAAAAAGUGCCUUUACUGUAUCUUUACAUUUAAGAUUUGCACUCUCUGACUCACUUGUGUGAUGUUCUUGUCACUCUAUGCAGUAAUAUAUUUAAUGUUUGUAAAAUAUAGCUGAAUUUUGUAAUCACAGAUGUUGGUGAAAUAA